AUGACAGUGAAGACCCUGCAUGUCACAGCCAUGUCUCUGAUUGCAGCUUCUUCUGUUUUCCAGGUGGAGUACUUGCUGCUGUUGAUAUUGGGGCUUGCCUUUCUGAGAGAGGCAGCAGCUCAGAUAGUCCCCAAAGAAGGACAAACAUUUUUCCAAGAGCCUGAGAGUUGCCCUUCUGUGCCAGAAGGUAGUCUGAAGCUUGACAUUGGCAUCAUCAGUGCAAACCAGCGUGUUCCCUUGUUACGUAACAUUGAGCGCCGCUCCACCUCCCCCUGGAAUUACACCGUCACCUGGGACCCCAACCGGUACCCCUCGGAAGUUGUACAGGCCCAGUGUAGGCACCUGGGCUGCGUCAAUGCUCAAGGAAAGGAAGACAUCUUCAUGAAUUCCGUUCCCAUCCAGCAAGAGACCCUGGUCCUCCGGAGGAGGCGCCAAGGCUGCUCUGUUUCUUUCCAGUUGGAGAAGCUGCUGGUGACCGUUGGCUGCACCUGCGUCAAACCCCUUAUCCGCCAUGUGAGCUGAGAGAGGCACAUCAGCUCAACUGAAGAAGCUGUAGCAAUGCUGUUCCUUACCCAGUGCUCUGCAACAAGCCCUAUUGAUCCCCAGUUCCCUCUACUUCACAGGACUCUUAAUAAGACCUGCAUGGAUGGAAACACAAAAUAUUCACAAUGUAUGUGUGCAUGCACUGCAUUUUAUAUUUGAUACUGAAAUGUUAGGAGAUAAAUUAAUACAUU